CAAGGGCCACUCAUUGAUGGGAGAAAACAGAAAGCAAAUCAACCCGGGCUAUUUGCUGUAAUUGGGAGGGAAUGCUGCGAUCACGAACGAAAAACCUUGAAAAGGCCAUGGUUGAAACCAGAUAUACACUCCACGAACUCCACGAUCCCAUCAUCCGCGCCAUGGCAAGGCUGGUACAAGGGCGUCAUCAUUUCCUGCAUGAUGAUCUGUAGCAACAGCACCGAAUCAGCACCGCAGAAGCUGGAAGACCGCACAUGUCAACCGUCCACACCAGAAUCGCGCCAGCAGAGGCACUGCAACCCGUUGUGUUCAGAUUGGCCAUCGCGGAGAGGAGCAGCAUCGGCCCUCGCCGUAGG